AUGUGGAUUUUUGUAGAUAUGGCCAAUGUUGAUGAAACAAUUUAUUUGGCAUGUAGACGAGCACUUGGACUUGAUGGUUCAAGUGAAAUUAGUGGACUUCUAUCAAAUGUACAAGAUAUUGAAACAUUAACUGAACAUGUCAUAAAUGUCGUGCGAACAAAGAUGCGCGAACAAAACACCAAUAGAGAUAAUACAACAGCAUUUGUUCGUCCAUUUGUAGAAUUAUUUAUGGAUUCAACAAAUGCACCACGGAUGUACACGAUUAAUAAAUUACUUAAAAAAAUGGUUGAAUUUCAACCAUCUUUAGCAAAACCGUUCGCAGAAGGUCUUUUACAACAUCCACGCAUGAAUUUUAGUUUGCCAGCAUUGAUAUGGAAUUCAGCUAUGGAUCUACUUCAAUUUCUUGUACGCUUUCCAGAUUAUAAAGGUAUUCGGGAUAUUUUUAAGCAGUUAUUAGAAAAAGUUCAAAUGCUCAUGUCGUACACUCCAUUGCAAGACAUUGAAAAAGUAUUCAAAUUUUAUACGCUUGUUGCUCUUAUUAUGAAUCCCGACAAUAAUCUUCAGUUAAGUUAUUUUAUACAGAAUGAAAUCAAACAAACAUUACCGUGGGGUAAACCAGAAAAUCCUUAUCCACCGUGUUUCUCUAGUUUAAUUUUGAAAUUUAUCGAUUCAUUUCGGCCAACUGCUCAGCUUGUCUCUAUAACCGGUCGAGAUAUGCUCUAUCCAAUCGUUGGUUAUUCAAAUUAUGCUUCUAUACUAUGGCGUUUACAUUAUAUCAAAUUAAAAUUUCAUCAAACUGCUCCAUUACCAUUCGAUCGAGCUCAAGUACAGCCGCAAACAGAACUAUUUUGUUAUGUAAUAAAACAACUCAAUUCACGCGACCUUGCAUUUAGUCUCGUUGGUAUUGCACGUAAUGUAAAACAACGAAUUACUGCAAUUGAAGAAUCAUUAGCUGAUUUAUUAAUUUGGAAUAUAUUGGAAACAAAUAAAAUUCAAGAUUUCGAAGGUCAAUUACAUUUAUGGACUGUAACAGCACAUAUUGUAUUAGUCUACGUACAAAAUGUUUGUAUAACGUUAAGUGGUAUUCUUAAUACAAUUAAUCUGAAGAUUGCAUCCUUCCCAGGACCUGUCUAUGGCAUUGGCCGCGAUUGGCUCAUGUGGUUAAUAGGACAAAUGCUCUAUCAUGUGUUAAAUAAAAAUCAUGUUAAAUCUGCUUGGUCAGAUUAUCUUGUUUUACUUGAUCUUAUACGAGCACUCUAUCCGGAUAGUCAACCAUUACCUGAACCAGAUUAUCGUGAUUUUCAAUCAGUUGUUGCAACAGCAGCAGCAUCCAAUUGGUAUUUUCUAACGGCACGCGUUAUACCGGCCAUAGCUGCAACAACUCAAUCAACAUCAUUACCCCAACAUCAAACACCUAAUGCACUUUAUCUUCAUGUUGAAGCUUUGAAAUCAUUUGAAGAUCGGAAAAUAUCAUCAAUUGAUGAUUAUCGAUUUUAUAUCAGUUGGAACUUAGUUGGUAACGAUCCAAAAUUAAAUUCUCCAUAUAUGGAUACAUUAUUUAAAGUUUAUAUACUCAAUUCUUCUCAAUCCAUUCCAACAAGUCACAUGAGUCAUAAUGUAUACGGGCCAUCUGAAGGUAUACCAUAUCGAUCAUUAGAUGCGAUGAGCGCACAUGUUAAAUGCCUGGUUGCAAGACAAUACUAUAGUGAAAUUAUAUCAAAAAAUUUAUUUAUCUCAUCACAAUGGUCAAUGGUAUCGCCUGGUGGCGUUGAAUCAUUUGCACGUCUUUUAGCAUUUCCAGAAGUUGAACAAGAUCGUUUAAAAGAGCUAUUAAAUUUAACAGAAACAAUUAUUAAUAAAAAUUGGUAUUUAGGUGCACAUUUAUUAGCAGAAUUAUUCACAUUCCGUGUUCAUCGUAUACCGACAUCAAUACGUGCACAAUUAUUACAACAAUUUUCAAGUAUCUUAGCAUCACCAUUGCAUGCUGGUCAUCCACAAUUACAUUGCGCAAUACAAAAUCUUUUACUUAAUCUUGUACUUCAAUUUAAUUGUACUGAUCUUUAUAAUCAAGUACCAAAAUUAAUUGAUUCGAAAAUGUUACAAUCAGUAUUCACCAAAGAAUCCGAAGAAAUAAAUAAAGUUUUUAUUUUAUGCAUUGCUCGAUCAUUUAUUGUUACUGGAUCUGAAUCGAUGCCCGUACCAUGGUGCACGGAAUUUUUAUCUUAUAUUAUGCAACUUACUCAACAUGCAUGGUCAGCAUCAACAUUAGAAACUAUGCCAACAUUUAUGGCUGACUGGUAUCGAGCUCAUCCAAUUAAUGAUGCCUAUAGAGAUAUACGAGCACGUGUCGAUGACGAUUAUAAAAAAUUAACAAAUUCAGCUUCGUUAGCAAAUGAACAAGAAAUUGUAAAACAUUUCAGUCAAUCUAGUAAUACAACUUGUCUUUGUGUAUUUCUAAAGCUGACAAUUGAGGAUCGCCCAUUACGAUCAUAUAUUAAUACAUUUUAUGAAAUUUUCAAAAAUCUUCUUUCACGCUCAAUGAAUGGUCAUUAUCGUACAUUAGCCGAAUAUAUAUUACGUGAAAUAACUUUACAACAAAAUCAUAGUCAAACAUUUAUGCAAAAAUAUGCCGAUGCUGUUGUUCUUAUGGCAACACGUUAUAAUAUAAUUCAACUUGAUCGAUUAUUGCUUAUUCUAUUUCUUCGACCAUUGGAAGAACCGAAAACACCCUAUGUUCAUAUUCUAUUCUAUUUUAUGAUUAAUUCAAAUACAUUAUCAGAAAUAAUUCGAGAUUUUAGUAAUAUUGCUAAAAGUAUUUCCUGUGAUAUUUGGAGUAUGAAAAAUUUCCACGAAAAAUUCCAUUGUGAAUAUCAUAAGAAAAAUAAUGAACGCUUCUUUAUGGAAGGUUUUGUUAAAGAUUAUUUACAAACAACAGUGGAACGAUAUUUGCCAACUUAUUACAGCAAUAUGUGUCUUCGUCUUUUACCUAUAUUUGAAUUAAUAAUCAAUCGAAUGUUUGAACAUAUGCCCAAUGCUCGUAUUGUGGAUACAGUUUUACCAAUAGCUCACAAUUUAUUUCGUGUACAUGCUGCACCAGUAACAUUUUUAUAUCAUACGUUAUUUGUUUAUGAAAAAAAAUUACGCGAAAAAGCUCCUUUUCGGCAAUCACUUAUUAUUGGAAUGAUUGGAAAUAUUUAUCAGAUGCGUAAAAUGGAAUGGUGUUUUUCAAGUAAUUUCACAGCUUACGUAGAAAAUUAUCUUCGUCUUGAUGGCGACAAACGACAAGUGCCAGCGCCUGUGUUCAAUUCACGCUAUGCAAUUGAUUUAUUGCAUAAACUUGUUUAUUUUUGUUCUAUUUUCCUUAACUCCCGUGCACCUAUCUAUGAGAAAAAUUCAUAUGAAUACAAUAUUGAUUGGCGUUAUAAUGAAUUUGCAAAUCCAUCAGUACAAUUAAUAAAUUGCUUAGCGAUUGAAGUAUUUUUCUAUACGGGCCAAGAAAAUUUCAAUCCAUGGAAAUUAUUUGCUGAACCAUUCAUAACAGCUGACGCUCAAAUUCCUCGAGCAAAUUUUUUGAAAUAUCUUAAUGCUAUGGGUCUUCUGUUUUCGGCUUUACCUGAAUUCUAUUGGACACAAUUGUUCGAAAGAAUGAAUCAAAUAUUUGAACAUCCACUUUUGUUACGUUGUUCACCAACAGAUAUAAUGGAUUUACUUAAUUUUCGAGAACGAUUUUGCACGCAUACAGAAAAUAUGGUCUGCUGUUUCGUAGCUGUUGUUCAUUCAAUAUGGCUUCAUGGAAGUAUAAGUCAUUUACAACCAUUCCUAGUUUUGAUUCAAACCCAAUUUUUACAAACAAUAAAGAAUGAAAAUCAAUUAUUAUUAGCAUUUCAAUUGAUCGGACCUUUUCUUCAACGUAUACAAACUGAAUCAACAAAAUUAUUGCUUGAAUUUGUUAUUGUACCCUAUGAUCUGAUUGCUCGUGUUGACACUCAUCAGCAAUCGUUCGUAAACGUUGAUACGAUAGCUAAUUUUCUUUAUCAUAUUAAAUAUAUUGUUGUUGGCGAUGCAAUACGUGAUCGUAUUGAAACAGUUGUGAAUAAUUUACAUUGUGAAAAGCUUCGUUCACGUCUGCACUUUCUUUGUGCAAAAACUGAUGUCUCAUCAUCGAUGCACGUGCAAGGACCGGUAACAGGAGCUACACCAUUAUCAACAGCAGUAAACGAUGCUCCAAAUUCAAAUGCAUCUAGUCAUGGACAAAGAACUGCUAGUACAUCUUCUAUGUCAAUGCAAUAUACAGCCGGAUCAGUGCCAUUACAAUCCUAUGGUGUAUCACCACAAAACUUCCAAUUAACAACGGCUAUGAAUACUGCAAUGGGACCGGAUGGCACUCCACAACAACGAUAA